AUGGCAGAAGAUAUCACAGGUGAGGCAUAAUAAUCUUGUUUGUUUCACACAGUGGAGAACUAGAGGUGGCAGGGCAAAAUCUUGAGGGCAAACCUCUCUCACUGACCCAAGGGAUGAAACUCUUUCUAUCCCAGAAUGUUUUAUCGGAGAGAGGAUUAAUUCUGGGUGUGGUGAAAAAGAUACUUCCUUUCAGAUACAUUUGAUGCCCCAGUAUCUCUCUGUUACAAUUUAUUUACAGUCAUACCUUGGUUGCCGAAUGCCUUGGAACGCGUACAUUUCAGCUCCCGAACGAUCAAAAACCGGAAGUGAGUGUUCAAGUUUUUGAACAAUUUUCGGAAGCCGAAUAUCCGGCGCGGCUUCUGAUUGGCUUCAGGGAGCUCCUGCAGCCAAUCAGAAGCCGUGCUUUGGUUUCCAAAUAUUUUGGAAGUCGAACGGACUUCCGGAACAGAUUCCGUUCAGCUUCCAAGGUACGACUGUAUAUUGUAUAGAAACUCCCCAAGAUUGCUUUGAGAACUUAAUUGAGCCAUUUCCCAAGAACCUAUGACCAUCUGAGACCCACUCGGACCUCCUGAAACUUCUCAACACAGGUAGUAAAAUCCCUGAGUCAAGUCGUAAAAUCUGGGAGUCUUUGCUGUUCUUAGGCACCAGGUCAUUUUCUGAACUGGCCCCAAACCUACCACAGUAUACUGAAUUUUGGUCCUAUUCUAGAAAUGCUUCCAUCCCAGCUGGCACCUGGAGUUUUGUCCUAAUUCAAUUACAAAAGGUGAGGGGAUUUCAUAUGUGGUGCCACAGAUGAGAAGAUAACACUGGUUCUUGAUGACUUAUGCUUACUUUUACAGAUAGAGCCACUGUCAACAGUGAACUGAUGACUCCUGAGAUACCUGCUGCAAGGGAAGCAGGGAAUGCUGGUAGAUGUGUUUUCUGAUUGUAUAUAUGCUGUGCUUUUCCUCUGAAGAGGCCUGGCCUGAUUUCUUCAGCAUGGGGCUGAGGGAAAGUCCUCUUGCUUGACAUGCGGGAGAGUCCCUGCCAGUUUGCAGAAACUAUACCAGCUUAGAUGGAACUGUGGUCUGGCAGUCAAAGAGAAAUGUGGGGGGUGACAACUCACCAUUGCUAAGAAGUAGCACAAAGAAAGAACAGGCAGACUUCAUUAGUGGUGCAUUGGGUUGGGUUGGAGCUGCAGAGCUUCUCUUCUGACACCGAUGUUGCUUCUUCCUCGCGCAGGGCUUCUGCUGACAGAACUUGUUGGGUGAAUUCCACCACCAUCCCUGCUAUUUAAAGCAUUUUAAAAUUGCAUGCCUUUCCCCAAAGAAUCCUGGAAACUGUACUUUAUCCUCUCGUACAGCUGCAAUUCUCAGCAUGCUACAGUUCCCAGGAUUAUUUAGGGGAACCCGUGUGUUUUAAAUGAAUGGUAUGCAUGUGACCUGUUUCAGUCUUCCAUCUUUUGGGAAAUCCUCUUCUGGGAAUCACCUCUUUCUCCACAGAGGAAAGCGAAGGGGAGGGAGGAAGACAGAUUGCCUGAGCCUCCAUAAUCACAUGCCCCGCUCUUGAUUUCUCCCCUAGGGACAGGCCUGAGAGGAAAAACUACCCAAAUAAAGAUGACCUUGUGUGCUCCUUUAAUGCAUUAACAUUUGUUUGUUUAUAUUUUCAUUUAUAACAAACAUUUUUUAAAAACCAAACAAUUCUCACAUAUCAAACUUCAAUUUCCCUCUCUCUCUUUCAGUGGUUCCAUAAAUUUGCCGUUUUCUUCUUCUUCAGCAUAUCCCAAUUAACUAGUCUCCUAUAAAAAUCUGGGUUUUUUUCUCAUUUGGCGCAUAUACGCCAAUUAUAAAUAUUUUUCUCCCUGUGGUGUUACCUGCUUUACGUAUUCUUCCUUGUUUGUCUUUAAAUAGUUACUUGGAGUCCAACUCUGCUUUAUAUACAUUACAACUCCUCUUUUUUCCCUUCUUCUUACGUCAGAGGUUACAAAGUCCUUCCCCAGCCUUUUAUGAAUCAAAAUCCUUCUAUGUUUCUUAGCAAUAUGCGUUUCUUAGAAGCAGAUUACGUCCAAAUGUAACUUCUUCGCUACAUGCUCAAUUUUACUUCAUUUUGUUUUGUUAUUAAGUCAAUUUACAUUCCAAGUUAAGAUUUUUAAUGCCAUCUUGUUUUUAUUUAUUUUUCUUUCACUUUGACCUCUGUUGAGUCUACCUCUUCCUGUUCUGUUCCAGUCCAAAUGCCCUUUCUCCUGCUAGCUCUUUCCCAUAUUUUCUCCAGAAUUUAUCUGUUUCUGUGGAUCCUGACACCUUUGUUUUCUCCCUUUAUACAUAAAAGAUACUCCCUCUGGGUAUUCCCAACGUUACGGGAUUUUGUUGUAUCUCAGUGCAUCCAUCAAAUACUUAUACUUUACUCUUUUUUAAAACAAUCUCAUUUGUAGUCCAAUGCUCUAGGACAGUAAUGUUCUUGGACUACAAAUCCCAUCAUCCCUGACCUUUGGCCAUGUGGUUAGGUAUGAUGGAAUUUGGAGUCCAACAACCACCAGAGCACAUGAUGUUUUGGGAUGACUGUCUUAGAAUACAUCUCAUGGAAAGCAGGCAGCUAAGGCAGGCAUACCCUAAAGUCGUGGUUUGGAAUGAAUUUGCAGUGCCUUGUCUUGAAUGUCAAAUUCUCGCAAAACUGUAGCAACAAACAGACUGAUUUGUUUGCUUUCGUGAUCAUCAUUCAUUUGGGUCCCCAAAUGUUGUUGAACUACAACUCCCAUCAUCCCUAGCCAGCAAGUCCAGCGCUCAGGGAUGAUGGGAGUUGUAGUCCAACAACAUCUGGGGACCCAAGGUUGAGAAACACUGCCUCAGACCCUUUCCCUUCUGUUUUUCAGUUUUCAUCACAAAGUGCAUUAAAGACAAAAAAUAUACAUUAGCAGCUGUUGCCGUCAUCACAGCUUUGGUCAUUACUAUAAUCGCAUUGGCUGGUGAGUAGAGAAACCUUGUGCUUUAACCCUGACAUAAUUAUUUAUGAUUUAUUGCUUCUUUCUGCCUUUGACUUGUAGAUUCCUUCCCUCACCAAACUGCAUUUCCUGCCUCAUAAUAAUCCAAUACAGUGGUACCUUGGGUUACAAACACUUCAGGUUACAGACUCCGCUAACCCAGAAAUAGUACCUCGGGUUAAGAACUUUACCUCAGGAUGAGAACAGAAAUCGCACAGUGGCAGCAGGAGGCCCCAUUAGCUAAAGUGGUACCUCAGGUUAAGAACGGUUUCAGGAUAAGAAGGGACCUCUGGAACUAAUUAAGUUCGUAACCAAAGGUACCACUGUAUAGAUUUCUGCUUUAGAGUACAUUCUCAGGCUGCAGUUGAAUUGAGGUAGGCCCGUCGUGUCUGCACUUCAGUAAGCACCAUCGUGAGAAUGGAUUUCUCAGCCUUAAUGUGUAGUUAUUUAUUUAUUAAAAAAACUCUUCUAAUAGGGUCAGUGCCGGAUUUACGUAUAAGCCAAACAAGAUGUAGCUUAGGGCGCCACUCUCUUGUGGGCCCCAAAAAAAUUUAAAGGGGAAAAAACUGGGUGUACAUUUCCAAAAUAUAAGAUAAAGGUAAAGGGACCCCUGACCGUUAGGUCCAGUUGUGGCCGACUCUAGGGUUGCGGCGUUCAUCUCGCUUUAUUGGCCGAGGAGCCGGCGUCCAGCCUCUGGGUCAUGUGGCCAGCAUGACUAAGCCGCUUCUGGCGAACCAGAGCAGCGCACGGAAAUGCCGUUUACCAUCCCACCGGAGCGGUACCUAUUUAUCUACUUGCACUUUGACGUGCUUUUGAACUGCUAGGUUGGCAGGAGCAGGGACCAAGCAACGGGAGCUCACCCCGUCGCGGGGAUUCGAACCGCUGACCUUCCGAUCGGCAAGUCCUAGGCUCUGUCGUUUAACCUACAGCGCCACCCGCGUCCCCAAAAUAUAAGAUAAAAAAACAAAUAAAAUAAAACCUACAUACAGCAACGGUGUUUUCUGUUGUGUAUGGACCUAUGAGGUCCAUAAAUUACUAUAUAGCAUAUAUUCAAAACGAAUAAACAGCGACAAUUUGUUGUUGACAAAGGGCCCCAUUACCUUCAGUAGCUUAGGGCCUCAUCAAACCUAAAUACAGCCCUGAACAGGGUAUUCAGCUGAGUUCUGGAAAUUUUGAUGAAAAACACUAACCCCCCUCUUGCAAAGUCGAGGAAGUAAAGGAGAGGAAAAUGGCUCCCUAAUGAUAUCUGAUUCGAUGUUCUUUGAGAUUUAUGUGCUGUCUCCAAAACACUGAAACAUCCUGCUCCAUAAAAUUCUUUAAAACAGGCAACAGAUGAACUCUGCAUUCUCUCGAGCUCUGCUCUCCACAACAUAGCAAAGAUUAGUUUAAAACAAAUUGAUUAAAAAUCAGUUAAAACUCAAGUUCUAAAUGAGGGUCUGCUUUGCUGCAAGACAUGCUAUAUGCUUGAAAGAUUAAAUAUUAACUGAGAAUAGUGAGCUAGAUGGUCUGACUCGGUGCCAGGCAGCUUCCUGUGGUAUUUUUAUCCUAUUUUUCCGCUCAUAAAUUUGUAUUUGCAAAUUUGUAUUUAACAGGAAGGAUUCGAGACUGCCGGGACCAGAGGUUUACCGAAGACUGGGCUAAAUUUAUAGAGUAUUUGAAAAGUAUUUGCGACGAUCAGAUUACAUUUGUAGGAUUACAAGAAGUUCUGUGAGGAGUAAUUUAAGAAAUAUUGUAAAAAUGGAAAGGGAGAAAUGAUUUGUUAGAAAAGGUAAAGGCAAUAUUAGGUUAGGAAUUGCAGGAGAAAUAAGGAUAGGAUUAUCAGAGGUGCUGAAGGAAGUCCAAAUACAGUAAGGAUAUAUGUGUAAUAACUUGUGUGGUAUGUCUUUAAAAUUGUGUAUGCUAAAAAUUAAUAAAAAAUAUUUAAAUAACAUAAAUUUGUAUUUGCACUAAGCAAUGUGAACCACAGCAGUACAAAUAUAUAAUCUUUUAGUACGGGCAUGAAAUCUACCUGCCCAAUAAACAUACAUAGCAGUAGUUGUUUAAAAAAGAAAGAAAGAAAAGAUCAUGGCUUUUCCAAAAGAACCCUGGGAAUUAUAGUUCACUGCUACCCAUGCUACAAUUCCCAAAUGUUUCCCAGCUUCUGUCCUCAGUGUUACAGAAUCAUUGUGAGCUCUUACACUUGGGCAAAUUGUUUCAUUUCCAGUUAAAAAGCCACAGCCCUGUCCGCUGUGUCCUCCCCCUGUCGAUGCUGCCUGCCCAGAUCGCUGGGUUGGGUACCUAGGGAAAUGCUAUUAUAAAUCAGAAGACAAAAGGAACUGGAGCGACAGUGAAUCUAGAUGUUCCUUCCUUGGUGCCUCUUUGGCUGUGAUUGAUACCAAGCCGGAUCUGGUAAGGAACAAGUAUGUAUCCUCACUUGUGGGCUCAUCGCCGGAAGCAAACAAGUACAGCUCCACCUGUAACUUAUAUUCUGGGUUUAAUAAUAAUAAUAAUAUACUAAAUUUACAACAGGGUUCAUGACACUUCGCAGAGCAACAUAAGCAAAGUGCCCCAAGGAAUUUGCAAUCUUAUCUUUGCGGCAGUGGGGAAGACAGCAGAAGGAGAGGUGGGAAGGGAGCAAGGAGUGGUGAAUGGCAGUAAGAGAUGAUGUCAGGAACAGGAGGGAGGGAGGGGCAUGGUGGUGGGGAGAGCAAUGUGUAGCUGCCCCAACAGAGCCAGUCUGGCACCCCCGCUGCUGCCCUUGCACCCUGCCAGCCUCCCUGCAGCCUCAGCCCUCACCCUCUCGAUAAAUGGCAAGGACACACAUCCUGGGAAGUGGACAUUGUAGUUCUGUCGUACCAGACAAGCUGCAACGGAACGGAAGGUCCCCUUUUUGCGGUAUACCAGAUAUGAUGAUGCUGAUAAAGAUGAGAUUUAAGUAUUGAGUCCUAGAAGGUGGUAGAGGUAUAUAAACCACUGCUUGCCAUUCCUUUCCUGCUAGGAUUUUUUGUGGGAUUUUACUCGUCCCUCUCAUCAUUGGAUUGGUCUUUCAAGAGAAGCAGGACAGCCCUGGAAAUGGCCCAAUGGGACAGAGUUUGGAAACCAGUGAGUGAUUUCCACCCCCUCUUUGCCUGUGAAUACGUGCCUGCUUUGGGUUUGGAUUGUAAAAGUUGUCUUUUGCAUUAGUUUCCAGAGCUUAUAUACAGUACCACAAUUCACUGUGUGGAGCUGUAGCUGGAGACACCUUUUUAUUCUGAAUUACCAUGCAGGAAUAGAGAAUAUGUGGACUUAGGAGCGGGGAUGAGUUUUGUUUAAAUUAGUAGGUCAGAAUAUUGCUUUGGUUAUUGGAUAGAGUUUUGCUAAUAUUUCCUGCUGCUGUUUAUGCAGCCAGUGUCUUGUUUCCUCCCCAUAAGUUGUAAGUUAUGUGAAAUAUUGACAUAUUAUAUGAUCCUCCCACCCCCCUGUGGUAUAAUGUACGCGUAUGUAUUUUUCUUUCGUGUCACUUGGAGACCGUUGAGUGAUAAGCAACUAGUAAGUUGAAUAAAUUAACAGAUAUUUGCUGUCAUGUUUAACUCCAGCCCUGCAGAUGUUGUUUUAAUACAGAGAACAAUACCUGCUUCUUCUUCUUGUUGUCUGUUUCAGAUUUACAGUGCGAGGAGAAGGCUUUUGCGCUUACAUAAAUGACCUUGGGGUCAGCAGCACCAAGUGCGCUGUGGUGAAGAACUUUGUCUGCAGCCUGGCGGAUGCUUGCGCCAAGAGGAAACAAAACUUGUGA